AUGGUAAACACUUGUUUAACAAAUGAAAACAAACCAAAGACCGCCAUUACUUGCAACAAACCUUAUCGUACAACGUUAAAAGACGUAUUUGUUCUUGCUAAUUAUUUUCUUCAAGAGAUUUUCACAUGUGAAGGCUUAAGUAAUGAUUUUUAUUGACAUUUAAUGUCAGUUUAAAAUAUUGGCACCAAAAAUAACAUGACACAGUAUAAAAAUAAAAUUCCGAAGUACACUUUACACAUAAGGCAAUUUAAAUAAAUGAACUUUAUUGGUAUAAUCAAUCCCCAGGGCUUUGGGUUUAGCUAACCUUUAAUUUUGUGUGAGGUGUUUGAUAUUCAAAUUUCACUUUUCCUGCCUCCCGAACAGGUGUCCUAGGGGCUGUUUGCAUGAUGGAAGAUGAGUUUCAUGUAUUGAAAUAAGUCACCAGGCUAUUUAGUAAGCAAAAGUUCAAAUGCUGGUUAAUUUAACAAAACUCAAAAUUUGUAGAGAAGAUCUUGUAGUUCAAGAAGAUGAUUAUUGCUGCUUGAACAACCUGUCGUUUACAGUAUAAUCCAUCUCUAGAAAAUAAUGAGGUGUAUUGCUGGAUCAUGCACCGUGACAUAUUUCAAUAUAUAAAAAUCAUCCUGCCUCAUAUCUCGUCCUGACAAGGCGGUGUCAUAUAAACAGCCCCUUAUUCAGCAAACUGCGUAUGCUGCUUUUCAUUCCUUGGGGGUGAGGAAGCAUUUUCCUUGCGAUAGUAACUUCUAGUAUUAAUUUGUGUUAUUGUUCACUCGGCAAUAUAAGGAUGAAAUGUUCUCGAGUGAGAUAUAUCGUAAUUUCCAGACAGCGCGCAGGCAGAAAACUUUUCCUGCCGGGGCUAGGCUUUGAAUACGCGACCUUCGAGUUGCUAGAUUUAUGCUUUACGGCAACUUAGCUACAUGGUCAGGACUGAUUAAAGACGGGAAAUUACGAACUAUAUGAAGAAUGUCAUAAACAUACUCGUUUAUAUUAAUCCGGCAUCGAACAUAUUAGUUUUGCAAGUGUGUAGGCUAAUAUUAAUUUGUGUUAUAGUUAACUCGGUAAUAUGAUAAGGAUGAAAUGUUCUCGAGUGAGAUAUAACGUAAUUUCCAGACAACGCGCAGGCAGAAAACUUUGCCUGCCGCGGCUGGGCUUCGAACCCGCGACUUUCGAGUUACUAGAACGAUCCCCUACCUGUUGACAUUUAUAGUCUAUGCAUAAUAAGGCAGUAUAAUGUAGUUUACACUCUACAUGAAGUAUUCGAAUAUCUAAUCUGUUCGGUUAUGUAUCACCUCGCGGUGUGAACACUUUAUAAAAAUGUUGUAUUUUAUGUUAUCAAUACCCGUUUGUACAUAAAGUUAUUCUGAUUAAAGUUAUACAAAACCACACUACCAACUGACGGGCAGACCUACACGGUCAGGACGGAUUGAAGACUGGAAAUUACGAUCUAUAUACUGAAUGUCAUAAACAUACUCGUUUAUAUUAAUCCAGAAUCAAACAUACAGUACUAGCUGUGCAAGUGUUAUAUUAAUUUGUGUUAUUGUUCACUUGGUAAUAUGAUGAGGAUGAAAUGUUCUCAGAGUUUUCCAGACAGCGCGCAGGGAGAAAACUUUGCCUGCCACGGCUGGGCUUUGAACCAGCGACCUUCGAGUUACUAGAACGAUGCUCUACCUGUUGACAUUUAUAGUUUAUGCAUAAUAAGACAGUAUAAUGUAGUUUACAUGAAGUAUUCGAAUAUCUAGUCUGUUCGGUUAUGUAUGGACUACAGUCUUUUAUGUUAUCAAUACGCGUUUGUUCAUAAAGUUAUUCUGAUUAAAGUUAUACAAAACAACACUACCAACUGAGCUACACGGCCAGGACGGAUUGAAGACUGGAAAUUACGAACUAUGUACUGAAUGUCAUAAACAUACUCGUUUAUAUUAAUCCAGCAUCAAACAUACUAGUUCUGCAAGUGUUAUAUUAAUUUGUAUUAUUGUUCACUUGGUAAUAUGAUAAGGAUGAAAUGUUCUCGAGUUUUCUAGACAGCGCGCAGGGAGAAAACUUUGCCUGCCACGGCUGGGCUUCAAACCAGCGACCGAGUUACUAGAUCGAUGCUCUUUACCUUUUACAGCUGUAAUUUCCAGUCUUCCAUCCGUCCUGACCGUGUAGCUCAGUUGCCGUGUAGAGCAUAAAUCUAGCAACUCGAAGGUCGCUUAUUCAAAGCCCAGCCGUGGUAGGCAAAGUUUUGUGCCUGCGCGCGGUCUGGAAAUUACGUUAUAUCUCACUCAUAUUUAACAUUUAAUAUUUAACAUAUAACACUUAAUAUUUUCAUAUUUAACAAAUAUAAAACAUUUUCCGUGUUGAUCAGUACAGUUAUAUCAACACGAGUGGAAAUUGAGAAAAUGAGAAAUUGGGAAAACGAGAAAUUUUAAUAUCAAUACGGAACUGAAAAUGUUUUAUAUUUGUUUUAUAAUAUAGCAAAAAGAAACAUCAAGAAAGAAAUUUUCCGACGAUUCCGUGUUGACAUUGAGUUAUAUCAACACGGCUCAUAGUCAAUCAGCGCUCAGAAUUUACAAAUGCUAUAUUAUAAAUAUAUAUAUUUAUAUAUAUAUAUAUAUAUAUAUAUAUAUAUAUAUAUAUAUAUAUAUAUAUAUAUAUAUAUAUAUAUAUAUAUAUAUAUAUAUAUAUAUAUAUAUAUAUACAUAGACGGUACCGCUUCGGCCUUUUGGGCCUCAUCAGUGUACUGCUGAUGAGCAGGAUGAAAGUAACCACUAUUAAUAGUUACCUUUGAUGUCUCACGAAUAUGGGGCAUCAAACCAUUGCCAGAGUGCUCAAAUGCAAGCAGUGUAUAUAUAUAUAUAUAUAUAUAUAUAUAUAUAUAUAUAUAUAUAUAUAUAUAUAUAUAUAUAUAUAUAUAUAUAUAUAUAUAUAUAUAUAUAUAUAUAUAUAUAUAUAUAUAUAUAUAUAUACUAUUGUUGCUGUUGUGGCUGUUGCGGCUGUUGCUGUUGCUGCUGUUGUUGAUGUUGCGGCUGUUACUGCUGUUGCAGAAGCUGUGUUGCUGCUGCUGUUGUUUCAUCUGCUGUUAUUACUGCCGUUGAUGCUGUUGCUGUCGUUGUCGUGGUCGUUGUCGCUGUGGUCGCCGUCGUUGUCGCCGCCGCUGCUGUAGCUGCUGUUGCUGCUGUUGUUGUUGCUGUUGCUGCUGUUGAUGCUGCUGUUGCUGCUGUUGUUGAUGUUGUUGUUGCUGUUGCUGCUGUUGCUGCUGUUGCUGUUGAUGCUGUUGCUGCUGUUGUUGCUGUUGUUGUUGCUGCUGUUGCUGUUGUUGCUGCUGUUGUUGAUGUUGUUGAUGUUGUUGCUGUUAUUGCUGUUGCAGUGCUGUGUUGCUGCUGCUGUUGUUGCCUCUGCUGUUAUUACUGCCGUUGCUGCUGUUGCUGUGACGGUCGUUGUAUUGUUGGUAGGAGGCAACAUACAUACUUGCACCAGGGGCGUGGCGAACGAUUCCAAAUUGGGGGGGGGGGCGUCAUACUAUAAUGACCAACUGUUUCAAUGAAAAUGACCAACUUUUUCGUCUUUGAGUUGUACAGUUUUACUUCCUUAUUGGGGGUUAAACGACAGGCCAUAAUCGGUAGGAUAUUGACGAACAACUGCAUUGUACAUCUAACGAUGAAAGUUUAACUCUGUAA